AUGGCUGCACUCCGACAAGAGAAGCACUAUGGGCUCUCCUGUGGGAAGAAGAACCUUAACAAUCCCAACAGGACGUUGUACCAUGUCAAGCUCACGGACUCCGCUUUACGCGCGCUGGAGGCUUUCCAAAACAUCAAGGAAUCGGUACAUAGUGAACCAUCUAUUUGCUUCAAUGGGAGUCAAGGGUACAUCAAGAUCCCGGCUCCCACACCAGAGGCAGUGUCUGCUCUCCGGGUAUUUACCUUCUACUUGUCUACAGACAGCAAGGAUCAGCCUCAAGCCAGCUUUGACUGCAUCCAUCAAUAUGCAUCAAGUCAGGGCCAUGAGCAGCUUGAAGGUCAAGGCAUCAUUCAGGACAAGAUAACAGUGUGUGCCACCGACGACUCGUACCAGAUGACGCGCGAGCGGGUGUCUCAGGUGGAGAAAGACAGCUGGAACCGCUCUGUCAUCGAGAUCAAGCCUGGACAUCCAGGUUGGUCUUCCAAAUUCCCCAAACGUAAUGUGCAGUCAUUAUCUGGACCAGACAGUCUACUGAAGCAGCCCCCCCAAAGACCUCGGGUCAGCGGUGGAGCAGGGUCUAGCUCCUUAAGGGAACGCAUCAUUCACCUGCUGGCUCUAAAGCCACACAGGAAAUCACAACUGCUGAUGUGGCUCGACAAGGAGAGGGCCAGUCCCAAAGACAAGGCAGAGCUGGGGGCCAUACUCGAGGAGGUUGGGAACCUGAAUCCUAAAGACAACAACUAUUAUCUACAGGACAUUUUUUACAAGAGUGUACAAAAGGACUGGUCUGGCUACAGUGAAGAGGAAAAACAGCUCAUUGGGAGAGUUCUUGCCAGGAAACUCUCAACCAAUUGCCAAUCACAAAAUCUCCCAGCAACUCCAUUAAUGCAAACGUUCCCAGAAAAUACAAUGCUGCAACAAAGCUUGAAGAAAAAUCCUAAUAUGAAACGCUCUGUGCCUUCGACGUGUUCACAGGAAAAGAUUUUGGACAAACGACAAAAGAUUUUAACCAAGAAGUUCCCUCAAGAACCUGUUUCACAGGAGCUGAUGGACAAACUCAACAAAACCGAUAUCCAAAAAAAGACUGCAUCGGAUGAGAAACCAGACUACAUUCUUUUGUACAGCUCUAUAACGAGUUGGGAGCAGCGUGAGAGGUACCAGACGGAUUUCUGCGCUGAGUAUGACGAAUACAAAAACCUUCACUCAAGAAUCGCCACCAUCACUCACAUGUUUGUUCAACUUGGGGCCAAGAUUAAAAGUCUUUCUCCCGGCACUAAAGAAUAUAGAAUUAUGGAAGAUCAAAUACUGGAAAAGUAUAGCAAAUAUAAGAAGAAGUUUCCUGGCUACAGAGAAGAGAAGAAGAGAUGUAAAUACCUUCAUGAAAAACUGUCGUACAUCAAACAGCGUAUCACAGACUAUGAUAUAGCUCAGGGCUCGUAG